GGGCUUUCGUGGUUGGCCGCUGGCAGAUCGCGGGUCAGUUCACGUCCGCCACUGAGCAGACGAGGAGGUUCUACAGUUUCCGCUCGAGAUGAGGAGCCACCAAAGAAUGGGCUUACUGGUCAUAGCCCUGCUGUUGCCCCUAUGCCUUGCCCGGCCGCAGGAGUUCUUCUUCCAGGCGGACACAUCAGCGGCCACGGGCAACGAGGCGGAACCGAGACCUCUGCCGUUGAACGAUCCCUCGGAUCUCAGUGCUGGCCUCAAUCUGGUGCCCGUUAGCAGUCUGAUUGCGGCAGCGGCGAAUGCCGUGCUCCCGGCCCCCGUGCAGUUCAUACGGACAGCCAUGAACAGUGGCCUCUGACCCCGCGCUUCGGCUUUACUUUAGCUAUAAAUUUAAUCACGUGUAGGUGUUGUUGUUUUUAAGUGUUACUCGUACCCUUUUUGCUUUGUUUGUUUAAUGAGUUUAUAAACUUGUUUUGUCAGACACAGCCCCCUCUCGGUGGAGCGAUAAAAGCGUGCAAUCAAGAGCCUCAAA